CCAGGGGCCCCUAGCUCGGCUCUCCACCCUGAAGACAAGCAGAACAUCUAAAUACAAACAGGAGACCGCUUAAAGUCACCGACCAUUUGACAGAUCUGCACUCCAACUUCGAUCUAAAUGCGACUCGUAUCGUCACGUAAAGUUAAGUUUACUUAAAGCAAACAGCGGUGAGGCUCCAGUGCAGAGACAGACGCUGCACACACUGUAAUGGGUAUGGAUGAAGCGGAGUCCAAAGAGUCGGUGCACAAAGCUGAGCAGACAGAAUCUCGCUCAUUAAUAAUAAAAGCUGAGGAAGAGGAGGCGACACCGCAGCGGGGACACUUGGGGGACCUCUCAGCAGGUCAAGAGGACGUGACCAAUGGUCUCACAUCUCAUGACAGCCAGGACGCUAACCUCACGUUGAGCAAGCCUGGUGGUUCCAUCUCUCCAGUGCUUCAGGCCCAGUCUGUCAUUAGCAGGGUCACGCCAUCCCCUCCGACCUCCUCAAUCCAGGAGAUCCCAGGCCCCACAGCUCAGGUGAUGGAGCGCUACCUGAACGACUCGCUGCACGCCUGGUUCCGCCAGGAGUUCCUGAUGGAAUACCAGGCGGAGGAGGGCCGUCUAGUAUGCAUGGUAUGCAGCGGUCUGUUGCCUUCACUGCACCUGGAUCACAUUAAAAGUCACAUGCUGGAUCUGCACCCAAACUCUCUGCUGUACAGCGCUGAGGAAAAGCACUCCAUCCUGCAGACAUGGGCUAAGAUGCACGGUGAAGAAUCCCAUUCCUUACAACCUCAAAUCAAAUCGGAACAACAUACCAAAGAAAUAAACUUAGAUGGUUCAGCCUCAUUCAUCCCUCUGAAUGUGGAUCCCAUUCAGGGAAACUUGGUGAGCUACAUAAGAGGAGAUGAGCAUCCACCUGACACUGGUCAGAGAGCCCAGUCUUUACCUUAUUAUCCCAGAAAGAGAAGACUGAAAUAUGGCAGCCCCUGGCGUCUCCGCCUGGAUUAUUUAGUGGCAUACGGCCCUCCGGAAAACCCUCUCUGCUACUGUAUGGUGUGUUCUGAACACAUGCCUGUGCCGAGGGUCAGCAACUUCCGCAAGCACAUCCAGAAGUGCCAUCCGGAGACAAGCAGCCUCAGCCGAAGUGAGAGAGAUGCUGUGGUCAGUGCUUGGAUAAAGGAGGAGAAUAUCGACAAGGCUACACCGAAAGAGGAUGGGAACCAAAGUUCUUAA